AAAAAAAAAAAAAAAUCAUUUCUCGGACUCGCAGUCUCCGCUGUUGUGCAUAAUUCAUGUAAUUUUUAUUGAUAUAUUUUAAAUGUAAAAUGUGGCGCCCGACAUUUACAAUCUUGCGUAAAGUUGUGUUUCUCUCGAUCAAAGAAAACGUAACCUUGUCGAAACUAUUUUAUUCAACAAAAAGCCGCUUGCCCCGGUCUACUGCAAAGUUAACCCUAAUAAGUGCUAGUGUUGGUGUUUUGGUUGGAGCUGGCUAUGGAGGAUAUACACAUUAUAAAAUUAAUAUAAAAAAGUCCUCGGCCUCUGUUGAGAACGAGGAAUAUGCAUUUUUAAAAGAAGCACCUAAAUAUGCAGCUCACCGUAAGAUCAUCAAUGACGCAGAUACCAGCAAUUUGCAGCUUGUCUUAUUCCAAUAUCAAACUUGCCCAUUUUGCUGUAAAGUUCGUGCUUAUCUCGAUGCUCGUGGUAUCAGCUAUGAGAUAGUCGAGGUUGAUGCAGUACUACGUCAAGCUAUAAAGUGGUCUGGUUACAAGAAAGUACCAAUACUGUUAGCUAAAGUAGAUGGUGGAUAUCAGCAACUACUUGACAGCACAGCUAUUAUGUCUGUGUUGGAAACAUACUUGAGUGAUAAGUCCUACCAAUUGCAAGAUAUCAUUAAAUUCUAUCCAAUUACCCGGUUUGUGGAUGACACUGGUAAAACUACGACUGAUGUGACAAAUAAAUAUUUCAUUAUGCACAAUAGCACUGUACCUGAUGAGAAACAACGUAACAUUGAGGCCGAGGAACGUGAAUGGCGUCAGUGGGCAGAUCGUGUCCUUGUGCACACCCUGUCCCCGAAUGUUUACAGGACUGCGAGUGAAUCAUUAGAAACAUUCAAGUGGUUUGAAGAAGCUGGGGGAUGGAAACGUACGUUUCCUAGUUGGGAAUGUGCUGUAAUGGUGUACGUAGGUGCUGCAGCCAUGUGGAUUAUAGCUAAGAGGUUAAAGAAAAGACACAACAUAAAAGACGAUGUCCGACAGUCCUUAUAUGAUGCAGCAAAUGACUGGAUGAAGGUUAUCCAUAAGAAAGGAACAUUGUUUCUUGGUGGCAAGAAACCAAACCUAGCUGAUAUUUCAGUAUAUGGUAUUCUGAGUAGUAUUGAAGGCUGUCAGGCAUUUCAGGACUUAAGAGACAAUACAGAUAUCGGCAAAUGGUUUGAUAAUAUGAAGGCUAGUAUAAAAGAAAGCAGAGGAAAAGUAUUGACUGCAUAAAAGAUGAAGAGAAUCAAGAAAAUAAUUUAAGAACGGCCAUUUGAAAAGUAUACAGUUUACCCUUUAUUAUUUAUUAUGUAGUUCCUGUGUGUAUAGUUUUGAGUUGCAAGUAUUUAUUUAGAAAAUGUCUUUAUUUUACCAUUAAAGGAUCAUUAUUUUAUUUUAAGUUGCGGCUUUGGUUGCAGACUGUAUGCGAGAAUUGAACGUUUGAAAACAGAAAAGAGUAAUACAGCAAUUAAGUAAAUGAUAAAGUUGUUAUCAAUAAUAAUUUUCCUCAAUUACUUAUAGUUUAGAUUUUAGUUCCAUAAUCAAGACAAAAAGAUGGUCAUUGUCUUCAAAGAAGUAUUACAUAAUAAUAUAAUUAGUCUUAAAAAUUUUAGUUUCGUGAAUUUGUUUAUUAUGUCAUGUAAGAGCUCUAUAUUUUGGAUAUGAAAUUAAAACGCUGGUAUGUUAAUAAUAUGUGCUUUACAUUUUAUACGAUUUUUUUGUCGUAUUUACUUGUAUAAUAUGAAAGUCAAAUUGAUGAUGGACAUUGAUGAUGAUGAACUUUAUGAUUAAUUAUUUUAUUAGAACCUUAAUAUGCCAUUGUUGCCCGGUAACGGCAUUGCAAUCAUCACAACUACGUUACCGUGAAGUCUUACGACGACACAAUUCAUAGAAAUAGGAUGCCGCUUUCUUUCUAAACCCAAAAAGAGGGGUGUUAUAAGUUUGACGUGUGUAUCUGUGUAUCUCUGUGGCAUCGUAGCUCCUAAACUAAUGAACCUAUUUUAUUUUAGCUUUUUUUGUUUGAAAGGUGGCU